GAUAUCCUUUCAUCCUCACUCACUCCAUUCCGCUACAUGUACAGAGUAUACCGUUGUCAUCUUGGACCCGUAUAGUAUAGUGAGAACAACUUCCCUUAGCACCAUGGCUGAAAACAAAAAGCACACAUUCAUUAACUAUGAUCCCUCCAAUCCACGGCCAACCCGCCCGCAGCGCCAGGCCGUGUCUACGUACAUUGGAAAAUAUUUCCGAAACCGAUCGGCCCCUGCGCAACGGAAGCAUUCAACUUCAACCGGAUCCCGAGCCCAAGCUCCCUUCAACACAUCUAGGCUCGCUGAACAAAUACGGCAACUCUCUGACGGCGACAAUGGCGGGUCUCACCCGCACUCACUGAUCUCGGUAGAAGGAGCACAUGGUAAGGAAUUUGGCUAGGAAUCGCCAUUCGACUAACAAGGCUGCCAAGGGCUUUUAGGUACACACUCUGGGUCGAACAACCUGCCACUCUUGCGGCCGGUAGUGGAAUGCUUUGUGCCUGUCUAUCCGACUGAACAUCGACAGAAGGUAUUUGACGUUCUUGAUUUUC